ACAAAACACAUGCGCUCGCUCGAUAAUCGCGCAGUCAGUUAAGUCAGUCCAGUUUCGCUCUCACUGGCAGAAUUUUCUAUUUGUGAUUGCAGUUGUCGGAAAAAUUGAUUUCAAAAUAUUUGUUAUACAAACAUGUUACUGUUCUCUCUGACGUAUCAACAAUUAUGCUGUCCUAAACGCCAGUUAUCAAAGUCGAUCAUUGCAAAAACAGCUGCAACAACAAAAACAACCACUAACACACUCCCCAUAACCUUAUAACAAGAAGUUUUCGUUUUCGCGCAAUUUUAAGAAAAAAACAACAACAGCAGCAGCGUCAAGAAUAAAAUAAAAACGCAAAACUUUCUUAAAAGCACCGAAAAACAAACGAAACUUAAAACGCAAAAACGGGAGAGUAGCAGCCAGAAAAACAACUGCUAAAAGUCAAGCCAAAUAACAACCAAAAAAGGCGUGACUUCACAAGAGCUAAAAUAAAGGAAGCGGCUUAAAGCGACAGCGGUCUAAUAACGCUUUGAAAAAUUAAAUAAACGAAACGAUAAACUACAAGGAAUAUAAAUUUACAAUUUUUUUUUCCAAUUUCCACACACAGCGGAAGUUUGUUACAAAAUUAUAGCUUUUUUAAUUUCCUCAUCAUUCAUCAGUUUUUAUACGGAGUUUAGAUUGUGAGACAUUGCUUGAUUUUAGGCGCAAUUAGUUUGCUUAGAGCUAAGCUAGCGGCCAGGCGGUAAAGUACUUUUGAAAAAAAAAAAAACAAAAAAAAAUUAUUUAUAUUAGUUUAAUUUAACUGUAAGCUCGUUUCGACAGCGCAGUGAAUUUAUUUUAAAUUUUACAUUUUCAUAAUGAAAAUUGCAAACAUGAAGUUUAAGCGCAAAUAUGGCUGUUUAAAUAUUUGAAAAAUAUUAUUAGUGUAUUUUUCGAAUAUUUUGUUUCGUAGCAUUUUAUAAAUUUACAAUAUAAUAAUCCAAUUCCUUGUCUAAUUAAGUCUGUGUCUGUCUGUUUGUGUCCUCUGUAAUCCCGCUACCCUCAGAUUAGAAUUAUAAUACAUCACACACUCACACCCAAAUAAAUACCCAUACAUUCAAAUAAAUUUAAUUUAAGGUAAAAGUAAAGUUUACGCAUUACUAAGUGAUUUCCAUAAGUUAAUUUUGAAGUAAAUUUUGUGAUAUUUCAAGCAGACACUUAAGGCAUUCAACAUUUUUGUUUAGCAAGCAUUUUGAAAUUCUUUUCCCAAUUUAAAGCGCCCUCUGUUCACAGGUUUUCAUUUAAUUUUGAGUAAAGUUCUUUCCUAACUCGUUUUUGUGCAUUUUUAAUACGAAUUAUUAUUAAAUUGUGAUUGAAAAAAAAAAUUUUAUCGUUAAAAAAUAACAAAAAAAUCAACUAAAUAAAUUAAUUGAAUAAAACGUACUUAUAAAUACGUGCAACAUGGAUGCUUACUCGCCUGAUCUACUAUGGAUGGUCGUGCUCGGUUUUCUGAUCGCCUUUGUAUUGGCUUUUGGUAUUGGCGCUAACGAUGUGGCAAACUCUUUCGGAACAAGCGUUGGUUCGGGUGUGCUGACCAUAAGACAGGCCUGCGUAUUGGCGACAAUAUGCGAGAUUUCAGGAGCAGUUUUAAUUGGCUACAAAGUCUCCGACACUAUGCGUAAAGGUAUUUUGGAAGUUGGUCUCUACGAAGGCGCCGAAGAGGAACUAAUGUUGGGCUGUGUCGCUGCGCUGGCAAGCAGCGCUAUUUGGUUGCUGGUCGCCACAUUUCUCAAAUUACCCAUUUCGGGUACGCAUAGCAUUGUUGGUUCAACGAUUGGUUUCUCGUUGGUGGCACGCGGCACGCAAGGCCUGAAAUGGUCAACAUUGGCCACGAUUGUAGGCUCAUGGUUUGUAUCGCCUGUGAUGAGCGGUUUGGUGAGCAUCCUGCUAUUUUUGGCUAUACGAAAGUUCAUUUUGCGCGCCAGCGAUCCAUUGAAGGCGGGAUUUCGGUCAUUGCCGAUUUUCUACGGUGCGACAUUCUUCAUCAAUGUAAUUAGUGUGGUGUUGGAUGGACCGAAGUUGCUUUAUAUGGAUAACAUCCCCACCUGGAUUGCUAUAUGUUCGAGUAUUGCGCUAAGCUUAUUGGUUGCACUCCUCACCCAGCUUAUUGUUGUACCAAUUCAAAAACGUAAAAUCGCAAAACAGUUACGUGCUCAAAACCCUGUCAAAUUCAAUUUCGAGGACUCGGUUGAAUCCUCACCGUCCGGUAGCCCUAAGAAAAAUCGUCGUCCAUUAUCACUUGUCAGCGAUGGCAAACAAUUGCCUGCAAUUGCUGAAAUCACCGAACUCGUCUCGUUGACCGACAAUUCGCCAAAAACGUUCAAGUUAGCGCCUUAUGGGAUGAAUAAAAAGAGUGAAGUUACCAUCCAGAAUAACGGUUAUAAUGCGGAUGGCUACAAGAUCAAUCCGGAAAUCAUCAAGAAAGCUGAAGAUUUGUUGGGCAAGGCCAGCUUGGAUAAUACCGAUUUGACCAUCACAAGUUUAAAUUUCAUCGAUGAACAGUAUCAGAAUGGCAAUGGGAUGUUGCAACAUGGAAAUAGAAAUAAUAAUACAACUGGGUUAAUAUCGAAUGGCCGGAGCAAAGGUAGCCAACUGCAGGAUUAUUUUCAGCAGGGUGUGAAAUCGCCACUGUUGGAUGUGAAAAGCAUUGAACAUUCCGACGAGCUUCCACAACAUCAACAGCAAGAAAGCAAGCAAAAUAAAAAUAUUACACAAACUGCCAUGGACAUAAGUACCACCAACAAUGCUGCACCCGCACCCGUAUCCUCUUCCACUACACCUGAAACUGCGCUACCUGGGGACGCAACCAGAUCAAUUGCUGACGUUGUAGUUACAAAAGCUACAACAACAACAGUUGAGUAUAAAGCAGCACCCACAACUGCCAAGAAGGAUCUGAAAGUUGUUGAGAGCGGCAGUAGUUUGGAAAUGAUGAUUUCGUCUACUUUGUCGCCAAAUUCGAGUAAGGUGCCAUUGAUUGAAAGCAAAGAGCUGAUACAUGACUUCAAGCAGACGGAUGGUGCACCAGCACAGAGUGAUGAGGAGUCGGAAGAGGUGUCGAUGUUGUUUUCGUUUUUACAAAUUUUAACCGCAACUUUUGGAAGUUUUGCGCAUGGCGGAAAUGAUGUGAGCAACGCUAUUGGACCUCUUAUUGCAUUGUAUAUGAUUUACAGGGAAGGUUCCGUGAUGCAGAAGGCCGAAAGUCCCAUUUAUAUUUUGAUCUACGGAGGUAUUGGUAUCUCAGUUGGUCUAUGGCUGUGGGGACGACGGGUCAUCGAGACAAUCGGCAACGAUUUAACAAAAAUCACUUCUUCGACCGGUUUCACCAUCGAGGUUGGCGCUGCCAUCACAGUGCUACUGGCAAGCAAAAUCGGGUUACCCAUUUCGACGACUCACUGCAAGGUCGGCUCCGUGGUGUUUGUUGGACACGUGAGCGGUAAGGGUCAUAAGUCAGCUGCAGAUAUUCAUGGGAAAUCAACACUCUCAAAAGAGGCUUCAAUGGAAGGUGGUGCCAUUACAUCGUCCACUGCUACUACGCCAACAACAAAUGCGAAUGAAAUUUGCAAUAGAAUGGCGGCGGUGUCUUCAACGACAAGCGCAAAUGCUUUAGCCAAUGGGAGCGGUGGUAUGGAGGCGACCGUGGCUGCUGAUGGUGGUGCAGUUGCUGCUGUGGGUGCUGUCGAUUGGCAUUUGUUUAGAAAUAUCGCCUAUGCUUGGAUUGUGACCGUGCCGGUAACGGCGCUACUCUCAGCUGGUAUAAUGUUUCUGAUGUGCAGCAUUGUUUUGGCCUAAGCAAAGCGGCACCGCGCAGCGGCAGUGGGCGAAUUAUUGCAAAAUAAAAAAUUAAAUGAAAAAAAAAAUGAAUGAAAAGAAUCAAGUUACAAUUAUUAAGUAUUCAACAAACUUACUAAUGUAAGCGUAUUUACAAACAUAUGUACACAUUAUACGAUAUUGUACUUAAAAUGGUAAAGUAAUUGUUAUUAUCAAAAACCAAAAACAAAAACACGAAAUGAUCACGAAAAAUUAUUUGAGAAAUUAUUCGCAAAUUCGCGAAGGUUUAAGAAAGGAAACUGCAGGUUUUGAAUGUUUGAUUUUGAACUGUGAAUUGAGUUGUAAGCGCCAGUCAGUCUGCCAGCUAGUGUCAAUAGAUUCGUUCCAUACCAACAUAAAUUAAAAAUAUUUAUAAAAAUUAAAUCCAACAAUAAAUUAAAUUAAAAACUCAUAAAAAAAUUGGAAAACAACUAAAAAGGAAGCAGAAAACUAAAUAAAGCAUGGACUAAGAA